GAGAACUCUGCAAAACAAGAGGCUGGAGGAUUGCGUUAGCGAGAAACCAGUUCGCGCCGGAGCCUGUGCAAGGCGGCGGCUGAGGCGGACGCGGCCGCUCGGCGCACUCUGAGGAAAGGCCAGCAAGCAGGGAGACGCCGUCCCGUCGCCAUGGGCAAGGGAGACCCCAACAAGCCGAGGGGCAAGAUGUCCUCGUACGCCUUCUUCGUGCAGACGUGCCGGGAGGAGCACAAGAAGAAGCACCCCGACUCGACGGUCAACUUCGCCGAAUUCUCCAAGAAGUGCUCGGAGAGAUGGAAGACCAUGUCGGCCAAGGAGAAGUCCAAGUUUGAAGACAUGGCCAAGAGUGACAAGGCCCGCUACGACAGGGAGAUGAAGAAUUACGUGCCGUCCAAGGUGGACAAGAAGGGCAAGAAGAAAGACCCCAACGCGCCGAAAAGGCCCCCGUCUGCCUUCUUCCUGUUUUGCUCCGAGUACCGCCCCAAGAUCAAGAGCGAGCACCCCGGCCUGUCCAUCGGCGACACGGCCAAGAAGCUGGGGGAGAUGUGGUCGGAACAGUCGGCCAAGGACAAGCAGCCGUACGAACAGAAAGCGGCGAAGCUCAAGGAGAAAUACGAAAAGGAUAUUGCUGCAUACCGUGCCAAGGGCAAAAGUGAAGUGGGAAAGAAAGGUCCCGGCAGGCCAACGGGCUCAAAGAAGAAGAAUGAGCCAGAAGAUGAGGAAGAGGAGGAGGAGGAGGAAGAGGAAGAGGAAGAAGAGGAGGAAGAUGAAGAAUAAAUGGCUAUCCUGUAAUAUGUAUGGAGUGUGUGUGUGUUUGCUCAGGCAAUUGUUUUGCUAAGAAUGUGAAUUCAAGUGCAGCUCAAUAUUAGCUUCAGUAUAAAAACUGUACAGAUUUUUGUAUAGCUGAUAAAAUUCUUUGUAGAGAAAAUACUUUUUUAAAAAAAUGCAGGCUGUAGCUUUUUGAGGGGCUACUACAUAGUUAGAUUUUAAAGCUUCUGACGUUGAAUGUUUCUAAAUAUUUAAUGGUUUCCUUAAUUUUUUGACUCGUGUAUUGGUAGCGCUGCAAAUCUGUAGGAAUUAGUAUGAUAGCAAAUUUUGGGUUUUUUUAGAAUGUUGCAUUUUGUUUUUUAAAAAAAUUUUUGUAAUAAAAUUAUGUAUAUUA